AUGGACAGGUGGAUAGGAAAGGUAGCCGUAGUAACUGGGGCCAGCUCCGGCAUCGGAGCCUCUGUUGCCAAACAACUGGCCCGUGAUGGUAUGAUAGUGGUUGGAAUGGCCAGGAGAGUUCAUUUGAUCGAGGCUCUCAAAAGCGAACUUUCCGCUGAAGCUGCUGCCCGUUUUUACGCGAUUCGAUGUGAUGUCACCAAAGAGUCUGAUAUAUUGGACGCCUUCCAGUUUAUCGAAAACACCCUUGGAGGUGUCGAUGUGAUGAUUAAUAAUGCCGGAAUAACGGUUGAUCCAGAUGUUCUGGAAGCUGGCAAUGGUGAUUCGCUUCGACAAAUUGUCAAAACUAAUGUGAUUGGAUUGAUUCUAGGCAGUCGGGAAGCCUACCGAUCAAUGAAGGCUCGAGGAUUUGCGGGGCAUAUUAUAAACAUUGGAAGCGUACUCGGUCAUCGGGUGGCCGGCUUUCAGAGAACUUUGUUCUACAGCGUAACGAAAUUUGCAGUUCGUGGUGUUACGGAAGCCAUGCGGAUCGAACUUAGGAACGAAAACUCUGAAGUAAAAGUUUCGAGUAUUAGUCCCGGAUUCGUGCGCACACCUUUGAUACAAGAUAUUGUCGAUUUGGGCAUACAGGUUAUGGAGCCGGAAGACACGACCAAUGCUAUCAGAUAUAUUUUACGAACGCCUCCAAAUGUUGCCGUACACGAUUUGGUGAUGCACACCAUACGUGAACCUUUGUAAUCUACAUUAGUAAUACUU